GGUGUUCACUUUUAUUUUUUAGUUCUUAACAAAGAUUCACAUUCCCUCAAAUUUAGUGGAUCAUAUUGUUGCGAUCUUUGUCCCCAUGAUUUUUAACCUUCAUAAAGUUGAGAAAGACUUCAUAAGUGAUUUUCCACAUAAAUCAAUUAUGUCUCCAUACGACUGAAAUUCUUGUGUAGAUCGAUAAAUCUAAAUAUAAUUAAAAUAAGUCAUAAAAACUUAAAAUUGGUAAACUUUAGACUAAAAUGAAGAGGAUAGGUAGUUGUAUGACAGAACAGAUCUUAAACUUUCAUUAUGUUAAAAUUAUUUUGAAAAUAUGGCACCUACAAUUUUGAAAAAUCAAAUCUAAAUGGUUACCAUAGUGGCCACAUUUGAGAGCAAGUGAACCAAAUUACCUCAUACCUGGAUCAACUUAACCAAACCAACUCUCUGGUAUAACCAAGCUACCUCUUAAGAGUAGCAUAUCAGGGGGCUCCAGGGCAUGAUACAGCUAUGGUGAGCUAAAAGAGCACAAUCAGGGGCAACUGAAGUGGGUAAAGAGGAGGGGGGACAGAAAAGCUAGAGCUGCUAAUAAACUAAGAAGGGUAUGGGAAUCAUUUGCAAAUGCAAGUAAGGAAGCUUAAAAAGCCUUUUAUAGUGUAAGUUCAGGCCACCACUGCUUCUGGAUUCACUCACUCCUGCACGUAUUCUUCCCCACUCUCCUCAUAUAUGUGUACACACAAUAAUACUCUUCUAAACACCUAUGCUCCCAUCUCCCUUCUUCUUCACACACAGAGAUGGCUUGUCAUUUUGAUCUCCUCACCUCUCUUUUCCUCAUUGCCAUUUUUAUUCUAUUAGGAGGAAAAUUGUGUGAAAGUGCAACCACCUUCACCAUUGUGAAUGACUGCAAUGAGACAGUAUGGCCUGGAAUAAUAACACCUGGUCUCAACUUCCAUGGUGGUGGUUUUGCACUCAAACCAGGCCAAUCAGCCAUUUUCACUGCUGCCGAUGUGUGGGGUGGCCGGAUAUGGGGCCGAACAGGUUGCAGCUUUGACAAGAAUGGCAGUGGAAAAUGCCAAACUGGUGCCUGUGGCACUACCCUCAACUGUACAAGCCCUGGAAAACCUCCUGCUUCAAUUGCUGAGUUCAACCUUGGUGAUAUUGACUACUACGAUGUCAGCCUUGUUGAUGGAUUCAACCUGCCCAUUACAAUCACCCCCAUGAAAGGUACCGUAAACUGCAGCGUUGCUGGUUGUGAUGCAGACUUGAGGCAAAAAUGCCCAAGCGAGCUAGCCCUUAAAACAGAUGGGAAGAUCAUAGCUUGUAAAAGCGCAUGCGAAGCAUUCAACACUGAUCAGUACUGUUGUCGAGGUGCGUAUGGAAAUCCUAUAUCAUGUGUUGCUACAAACUAUUCCAGGAGUUUCAAACAGGCCUGCCCUGUGGCAUAUAGCUAUGCAUUCGAUGAUCCUACGAGUAUUCUCACCUGCAAUGCCCCAGAAUACAUUGUAACUUUCUGCCCAUCAAGGAACCAAACAGCGUGCUCAUAUCAUGACAAGAAACUGAACUGCAAUGCAUCAAAGGGCUCAAAAGAACUCUCUCAUACAUGGUGGUGGCUCCUGAUACUGCCAUUGGCCUCAAUGAUUAAUUUAGGGCUUCCAAUUAGAUAAAAUCUGGUACAGUGUCGAUAAUUUUUUGGAUCAACCAACUAUUGUUGUUGUUGGGACUAUUAUCUCUAUUUACAUAGUGUAUUUUUUUGUUUGAUGUUCCAAUUCUCUUCCAAAUGUUUACUAUAGAACUUGUACAAAGAUGCCCCAACGAAUAUUACCCCUGUUUUCAAAGUUUUCUAAUGUAGUUCGGGUGUGUCUUCUUUAAUCAAA